GGGUACUAAGAAUAUCUUCUGCCGCAAGAUAAGACAUCAUAAUUCUUGUUCUUUCUGCUCUCUAUAGAAUUGACGUAUGCAUCCAUAGAACUGCUGACCAUGGUUCACUACCUGUUUCGGCGACAUCAUUCAGUUCUUUCGCGGUGUCGAUUUGUUGUCGCGAAGUUGAUGUGACGUUUUUCCUUCUUAGUACUUACUAUCGCAGUAAUAAAAAGUAGAGCGGUCUCCUUUCCUUUCCCUCCUCACUACGUUCCGUCGGCUACAGAAGUAACGACACCUGAUUAGCUCUCAUGCGGUGCUUUCUUCCCUGCCGUGCGCUGCCGGCCACAGCGGCCUUGCUGCGCCGAUCUUUCAGCACAGCGUCGCCGGUAUGCAACGCGGCUGCCGUCGGUGCAGCGGCGCCGUUGCCCACGACGAACAGCCCUCUCACCCCCGAAGAGCUGCAGCGCAUCGCGCACUUGAUCGAGAACGACCCCCGCAUUCUGAUGGAGGUGGUGGCCAGCAUGGACCCACAGAGCCGCCGCCGCUUGGUGGUGGCCGGCGGUGCGAUGGAGUGGUUUGGAACGGAGAGCGCUGCGCGAGAAGUCGAGAAGGCGGACGCCGACAAGGACCGCCAGAUUUCACCGAAGGACUUCGACCACUGGUUUGAGAUCGCCCUAAAGCGGCGCCAGGAAGAGCAGAAGAAGCGUGUGACGGAGGCGAAGCAGACGGCGAGCACGACGACGGUGAUGGCGUCCAAGGCACUGCCCUUCGCGGCACUCUUCAUGAUUGCCCUCGAGGCCGGCCUACCGUUUGUCGGCUUUGGUUUUCUCGACAAUGCGACCAUGAUUUUGGCGGGCGACAUGAUCGACGGCAGCCUGGGCUUUUACCUGAACUGCUCCGUGCUCGCCUCCGCUGCCAUGGGCAACGUGUGCUCAGGCAUGUUGGGGAUGCAGAUACACGGGCUGAUCGACAAGGCGGUGCAGAAACUGAACUUCAACACGCCGGUGCUGACGGAGGAGCAGAUGAAGGACCGGCGAGUUUUCUUGGCGGGUCACCUCGGUGGUACGGUGGGCAUCAUGAUAGGUCUGAUCCUCGGCAUGCUACCGCUGCUUUUUCUGGACGGUGACACGACGGAGAAGUCCGACUACGCGAUGUUUCACCGCUGGGACGUCAACAACAGCGGGUACAUCGAGCUGCCCGAGUUUGAGCAGGUGCUAAAGGAGAUUGGUUUGCGGCAGACGGACACGAAGGCGAAGGGUUUGAUCGAGAAGUACGGCGAGAAUAAUCGAGUGGACUUUGAGCAGUUUGCGCAGCUGAAGGCGGACCUGCGUGAGGGCAAGCCGAUUUUCGAUUAA